GUUAGCUACCGCCACCUGCGCGCGUAUCCUAUGGAGCGAGGAUGAACAACCUCCUUAGGACUCUAACCUCAAGUCAAGUCAAAGCAGUCCAAUCUCAUACCGAUCUCAAGUUACUGCUAAGCGCCGUCAAGGAGAGCCGCCGUCAAUCGCACGAUGCUGCCAAGCUUUCAGAUGCAUUUUACGACUCCCUGGAAGGUCUUCUACAUGACCUCCGCAUGGUGACCAUGGACAACAGGGACGCGGAGGCGUUUCUGAAACCAGUGUCCAAGACUGACGUCCCGGACUACUAUGACGUCAUCGCGAACCCGAUGGAUCUCCAAACCAUGCUCAGGAAAGUCAAGCAGAAGCAGUACAAGUCCAAGAAGGAGUUUAAAGACGACCUCGAUCUCAUAUGGUCCAAUUGCUUCAUGUACAAUGCGACAGAGAAUCAUCCCCUGCGUAUGUGCGCCACACGGCUGAAAGCCAAGGCAGAGAAGUUGCUGCAGAACAUCACGGACUGGAAGGAACGUGCCGAUCCUGCCAUACCAGCGGAUAUCUCGCUUCCUGGUCCUAGCCCGAAGACGAAUGGCAUGUCAAUGAAUGGUUUCGGACGAUAUCACUCACCCACUGUGAUGAAGUCACCGAGUCCAGGGAAGGCAGUUCCUAUACCUCCAGGAGCGAAGAGAGUCAAUCGGGACGUGUCUUUCCCUGAAUCUCCUGCAAUAGUCCGCACACCUCGUGACAUGGUGACCUUCGCGCAGCUGGAUCGGCGGCUCGACGAGCUCCUUAAUGCUCCUGCAACAGCGGAAGAAGUAAAGGCCGAACAAGACAGUUUGAAGGAACAAUUGCUCGAAUACAUCGUAGCCCCUGCCGACGACCAAGAAGGGACGCAAGAUAUCUUUUUGGAUGGCGAUGUUGGCAUGAAACGCAAGCUGAAUGGCACUCUCGACAGCGGGCCUCGGAAACGGAUGCGGAUGCAUUCUCCUUCGGAAAGGCACCUGGUCGAACUAUGGUGGGAUGCAGUUCAGUCCGAACAAUUGCUAGGUAACGGUCUACCUGUUCUGGCUUAUCCCUCCUCGGAGAGGCCGAUCAGCUCCACUCAUGCCAACGCUAUCGACGAUCCUCCACGGGAAGGACAGUCGAUUCCCCUGCGUAAGAAGAGAAAGGCCGGACGCACAAAAAACACGCUAUUACACCAUAUAAAUAACAACAUCCGCACUCUGCGGAGGGUGCGGACUACACACGCGAAGUUCGCUGCUCUCAGCCAAAGUAAUGAGGAUGGAGCAGCGCCUGCCAUGCCAGCCGAACUUCCUUCGGAUGAUGUGGAAGACGUUCUUGAUGAGCGGCCCUGGAGGCCUACGGGUACAGGCAUAGAGGUCGGAGCAGAAAAUGCUGACGAUUGCCUGCAUUGGAUGGACAGCAAGGUUCUGGAGCACGCAGGUUUCCAAGGAACAUCGAAAGUUGCUCUCGACGUGCUAGCUAGUGUAACAUCCGAGUACCUCCUCAACGUAGGUCGGACAAUCCGAUUUUUAUGCGAUAAAUACGCGCAGAAGAUGACACCGGAGGAAAUCAUUCUUCACACGUUGUUUGAGAGCGGGACCACGCGUAUAUACGAAUUGGAACGCUAUAUCAAAGAUGAUGUCGUUCGAUACGGCGGAAGGCUGGCUGAGCUUGAGAAGAAGCUCGCAAACGCCUAUCGUGAAGCGACCAGCGAGGAAGCGUGGGAUGAUGAAGUCCUCUUCCAUAACGUCGACGACGAGGAAGAAGAAGGGCAAUUUGUCAUGGGCAAUUUUGCCGAAUCAUUUGGAGAGGAUUUCCUCGGUCUUCGAGAACUUGGCAUCGCAGCCGAGUUCGGCUUGCAGAGCCUCACAAUUCCGAAGAAGUUGCUCAAGGGCAAAGGCAAGCAAGGCCUUGCUCAAGGACCCUCGGCCGCUAAGCCAUCCGAGCCUCCUCCCACGUUCCCUCCGCCUCCGCCUUUCGUGCCACUGGACUCUACUAUGGUGGAUCAUCAGAUCGGUCUUCUCAGGCCAUUCUACCAAGAACGCCUAUCAUCUCUGUCCGCCCCUCCUUCUGCCGCGCCUCGUGCGACUGGUUUGCACCCGCCAGACGUCCUGCUCCCACCCGAUAGCGUGAUUCAUCCGACCGCUAUACCGCCAUCGAUACCCCCAAGUGCUGAAGGAGAAGUGAUGCCCUUGGUCCUGCCUGAUGAUGCGCCUAGUGCUUCUCACACGAAGAUCGGACCGCUGGGCCAAAUUAUGAAGGGCGCCCCUUCGGCUGCCGCGGCGAAGAAGAAGCCCAAAGGGAAGGCACCUGCAGCCCCUACGACUAUCUUUACCGGUCCUUCUGAAGGAGAUGGCUUCCAAGGAUUCAUUGACGCCAGUCCUGUGAUCGUCUCUGAUGCACAGAAGAAGAGCAAGACUCCGACGUCCUCGUCUCCAAAGAAGAAAGCGGGGAAAGGCCCUGAUAGCUUCCCACCUGUGGUGCUCGCCAGCGCUUGAGGGCUGUUCCUGUCUGCUCUUUCCUGCGCCUGCGCCAUCGUUGGUAUGCAUGACUGUUAUUGUAUCAUUAUCUAUGGGACUCUAGGUAUACUCUGGAAAGUAUCAUUUAUUUGUAGCGUUAUUCUGGACUUGUAUAUUGUGACCCCCUGCAGGUCUUUCAGCUAGGCUG